AUGAAGCUCAAUUGUUUUGGAAGGAGUUCGGAGAGGAGUAUGGAAUUGUCAAGUGACGAGAUGCAAGCAGUCAGAGAUUCUUGGAAAAGAGCCAAAGAACGAGAAAUCGGAAAGCAUAUUCUACAAGCUCUUAUUGAGAGGAAGCCGCAGUUUAAAGAUUAUUUUGGGAUUCAUGUGGACGAAAAAAAGGAUGACGUCUUCAGUUGUAGAGAGUUUCAAUUACAGUCUCAUCGGAUACAGAAUUUCCUAGAUACUGCUGUUUCAUCACUCGGGUUUUGUCCAAUUGGAAAUAUACAUCAGAUGGCGUACAGGAUUGGGCAGAUUCAUUUUUAUAGGGGUGUGAAUUUCGGUGCUGAUAACUGGUUGACAUUCAAAAAGGUGACAGUGGAGAGCGUAACAAAUGACUGCGGGAGUUCUGGAAGCAGUGUAAUUGAUCUGAAAAGUGUUCCAUCCAUUUUUCCAUCCAAUUCAAGUACAGUCGUCAUUAUAGGAUGGGAAAAAUUCAUGAGUUCGGUGAUUCGAGAGAUGAAACGAGGAUUCCUGGACGAGGCUCGCCGAAAUUGCCACGACGAAGAAACUCGAUUCUGA